GGCGUAACUCUUGAUAAUAUUUGACAUUAGACAUCGUAGCAUUACCAUUGCUCGCCUCGUGGUUGUCAGUAGUUUCCUGUCGUACCGCGCACCACUGCUCUAAACCUACAGUUUUCCAGCGCGUGCUGCCGCGACAUCCGAAUUCGCUCACUUUCCGCAUCUCAAUGGUACUGGCUGAGCUGCCGGAAGGGCCGCCGACAGGGGUUUGUGCGACAUGAAGGAACUAUUUUGGAAACCUCGUGGGCUUUGCAAGAUACUCUUGUUCAUGCUUUUGAUCCAAACCUCAAGCGCACGUGGCUCAAAUGCAGACGAAAAGGAUUGCUGCCAUGAGAGCAGGGCUCUUUCAUCUUGGUUUGACUCUUGGUCUAUCUAUCCAUCCAGUUCUUCGUGGUCCAUAGACAGCAGCAUACCUAUGAUAACAGAUUUCGGGGACUCUAGUCGUCAGGAACGUGGUAAACACAAAUACAAGAAAAAAUACCGUCGUUACCUACUGCCGCUACUACUGGCUUACAAGUUAAAGUUCUUCACUCUAAUACCAGUGAUGAUUGGUGGAUUGAUAUUGCUGACAGGAGCCACUGGGAUGGCAGGAUUCUUCUUCGCACUGUUCGCUGCUGUUAUGGGGCUGAAAUCAGGAGGUCAUCAACGGGAGCUAUGAUCGAUUAGAAAAGCAGGGUUAUUGGAAUGUGCUUUAAAUGAGAGGAAGACGUGACUUUUCGCAGGCAUAAUUGAAUUUGAGGAUUCUCGGUCAGUUUAAAAGGACAUUAAAAAUUAUGUUUUCGUGUGUUGCUUACUAACCAUCUCCAUAUACGCUUUAUCUGGUUAGCAACGACAACACAAUUUUGUCAUCGAUUCAUUAAGAAAAUGAUAGCUACAAAAAUGGGAGAAAAUCUGUAAGUUUCAGGUACGAUGCUUAAAAUUUAGAUUACAUCUAUACCAUUUACACUGAUCAGAUAAAAAUAAUAUUAGCAUCAUUUGAGCCUUUUGCUUGAAAUACAUUUUUAAAACUCGAAUUCACACAAAAAAUAGAAGAUAAUAAUUCGUGCUUCUGUUGUCUUAGAAGCAGUAUCAAAAUGUGAACUCUCGACGACUGACAUACACAAAAGCGAUAAACAGAGGCGUCGCUCCAAAAAACACUUUGAGUGACCAAGAAUCCAUAAACACAUUUACACCUAUUUUGUCACACCACUCCAAUAGCAUUUUGUGGUAUUUGUGAAUAUGCUGCUAUUGUCGGCUAGUACAUUGUAAAAGUUGGAUUUGUAAUCUAUAUUAUUUCCAAAGAAGCCUGGUAGACGAAAUUGUUUUACAUAUUGGAACAAUAGAAUAACUUCUACUUCAACAAGCAUUGUCUGCGUGGUAGUUUAUGAUCUCGGCGUGUCCACUUUAAAUUUGAUUUUGAAAAAAACUGACACUUGUAUUAAACGUUGUACUAAAAUGUUGUUUAAGUCAUAGUCUUAUAUACAAUUUCCAAUUAUUUCUGAGCUUGUAAAUCUACCCAGCAAACAUGUUGGUUUUAAAAUUGCAUCUUGGAUUAGGUAUCGGCAUGAAUAACUGAUAUUUGCUGAAGUAUAUUUGGUCAAUAUGCCAAAGAAGAAAUAACAGUUGUUUAUGAAUUUACGUCUCGCAUACGAUCUUAGUGCGACUAAGAUAGUGAAUACUUUAUUCAUUGUAUCGAUUUUUGUGUCUUUAUAGAUGCACUGAUGUUCUAAAUAUUUAUAAACCAUAUCCAUCGUAUCUAUUUUAAAUCUAAUUAGAGAAACCAUUUCUUGUUUGAUCAUGAGCAAGCGGCACUUGGAUAUUACACAUUCCUUGGUAUUACUGACGAAGGAACAUGAACUCCUUCAGUAAAUCAAACCUUAAAAAUAAUCGAUUGUAUAUAUAUUUUAAUGUUUACCUAUUUAUUCAUUAUUUAACUGUGUUUGUAGCUUUAUAUAGAAGAUAGGAAUCUUACCAUAGUGCAACCUCGGGUCAUUUGCUGUAAUGUCAUUAUUAUGUAGAAUAGCAAGAUUUCUAUUUAAUAAUAAAGUCAUACAUUUUAUCACACACGACUUGAGUCUAACUGUUGUAGCGGCACAUCCAUAUAGCCCAGUUAUUUUUGGUUUCAGUACAGAAGAACACUGCCAGGCUUAGUGCAUACUUGUGUAGAGACUUAAACAUGGUAAAUAUUAUAAAUUUACUUCUAAACCAUCUCGGGUGAAUGUUGCUGUUUGUAGUUACGUUUGACUACCAACUCACAACGAUUUGGUAAGCUGUUGCAUUUGAGAUGACCCAGAGAAGCCUUAGGAUGUCCAAGUUAAAUUAAAAAAACGUAUAGAUCAACUUGCCACGCAAAGGGCUUCAGUGGAUGAGUCAUCAAGCUGUUUCUGCAAGAGCUGGAACGAGAAUUGAGCCACGUUGUAGUUAUCUCGUGGAAGUAAUCCAAAGGCAAAUAUUAUAUUCAAAGUCCGAGAAAUGUCGCUGUCUGGAAGAAAAAUCGUCGCAAAAUAAAAGAAAUUGAACCUGAUAUGCCUAAUGAGAUUAUGCAAAAAGCGGCAAGCAUAUUACGAGUAACGGAACGAUGCAGUCUUCGAAAAAUAAAGUGCGCACAUCUGGUGCAAUGGUUUCAAUAGAUACGUUCUUCGUAGAAUGUGUUGUAUUUUUUCAAGUUGAAAGGGAUAAAUUUUCUCACGAACGCUGUGUACAAAAUUCCGAUUGAUCCAAGUCGGACCCUCGCCAUAAAGAGAAGGUGGAAAUGGCGCAUUUUAGGGCAUGUGCCCAUUGAAUCUUCUUUCUUUCCUAGGAAUAUUUAUUAUAAGAACCCAUAUAUUGCUCAAGUGGUCCGAUUAAAAAAAUUGCGAAGAAUCAAUCAGUCAGAAAGGAUUAUUAGCAAUGUUGUCUGUUGUUGGUGUUGUUGGUGUUUAUGAGUUAGCAAUCAUUUUAUUUUAUUACCUCUGCACUUUCUUGGUGGUUCACCUUAAAUAAAGAUUCGGCUACUAGUAUAUUGUAUUGAACUGUCAAUUUUCACAUGCUCAGUGGACAAGACCAUAACGGUAUUUCUUUCAUAACUCCAGCAAGCCAAUCAUCAUGGAAAGGGUAAAACGUGGUUGAGCUUUGUUUAAGAUAUAGUCCACAACAAAUCAGAUUUGUUACGCCAGUAAAAAUUGUUUGCUAUUUUUGAGCGACAAAAGUCCUUAGUAAGCUUUGAAUUAAUCGUUUAUGCUACACUGGAAUUUCAAUUUUUUAUUAGAAGAGGUACGGGCUUGGAGAGAACCUAUUCAGGACAUUUUUUAUUGAAAAUUUACUCAGGGCCCCCUCCAGAAACGUGAACAUCAAAUAAAAUCUAAUGAUAGAAUUUUUCCGAGGUAAUGGUUUAUUUUUCUCUUGAGAUGAACAUUUAUUAAUAAAUUGUAGAUGUCUCCCUAAAAACGACAUAAGUACCUUUUUCUUAUGACAUUCCAAUAAUGCAAUUGGUCGAAUUUGUAUGACCUACACAUUAGUUAAACGCAUUGUGUAAUUAUGUGAUAAACUUGUAAGAUUCGUUUUUAUAAACAGGCUCAACAAUAUUUUGCCCAGAAUAUUAUUCCAAUAUAUCCUAACUAAACGACUACAGUGUGAUUGAUUCAUUGCUUCGACUAUCAUGUAUUCAAUUAGUCUACAAGCGGUUUCACUAGAUGAAGACUCAAUUUCCAAUGGGGUGUAGCCGCCAAAAGAAUAGUAGUCGAAAGCUUGUUCAGUACGACAAAAAUAAGUAAUAUCUCCUUCACCAUGGAAAUUAGUUUAAGCAGCUUAUCAGUCAAUUCAGUCUUGUCAUUUCAGUUCCUUAUUUCAAGACCCGUUGCGGUUGUUCUAGGUUAUAGUCAAAAUUAAGCUGUAGAAUUCUAAUUUCUUCUUUUAGAAAUGAAAUGACGUCAAAAAAGUAAUUGUUGUUCUGGCUGCCGAAGAUACUUCAAAUAAGGAUUGUGAUCUACUUUUGACACCGUAGUGUCUGAGCUCAUCCUAGUAAAAGAAGUAACUGCUAUUGGUUAGCUCACAAAUCAUUCUUGCAGACUGGAGCUAAAAGGGUGCCGACAGAUAGACCAAAAUCCAUUCUACUGCUCUUUUUAUAUUAUCGUUCCUACGCUAACUGUAGUAUCAGACGUAAUUAUUGAUUACCCAUUAUAUAAAUAGGCCGCUAUGAACGCGCCACUAACCAAGAAUCGCUUAUUCACAG